UUGUUGCCCAUGAGCAAAGUUCUCAACCCCAACAAGCGGACCUCUCACUUCCAAUCACUUCCUCUUUCUGCGCUUUUGCAUAAUUUCUUCUGUUUUUGCCGAUGGAUUAUCGAAAUUCGUCAAGCGUAUUAGAUGAUUCUCCAUUCGAAUUCACACUAGCUGAGAUUGUGGAGAUGGAUAAUAUCUUAAAGGACUCUGGAGAUCAAACACUUGGUCAAGAGUUUUUCCAAGAUGUCGCACUUCAUUUCAGUUGCUCUCCGUGGCGCGCUGGAAAAUCUCCCGUCACUGCGGAACAGGUGCAUGGCUGGUUUGAGAAUCGGAAAAUGGAAUUGCUAACUAGUUGUAAAAAAGCUCGGCCUCCACCGCCACCUCCACUUCCACCUCCGCCAUCACCUCCACCUCCGACUCCGCCACCCAAACUUUUGCUUUAUCAUUCGGAGAGUGAUUUUUUAACUGACGCGCCUUCGUCUGAACCACCUGAAUUCAAAGGCAAGGCAACUGAUCUUUCAGAAUUAGCAUUUGAAGCCUUUUCGUCAAGAGACCAUGCCUGGUAUGACGUUGCUUCCUUCCUCAGUUACCGAGUUAAUUGCCAUGGAGAACUAGAUGCUCGAGUUCGAUAUGCUGGCUUUGGAAAGGAUGAGGAUGAGUGGGUUAAUGUUGCUAGAGGAGUGCGUGAUCGGUCCAUACCUUUGGAAUCUUCAGAGUGUUACAGAGUGAAAGUUGGAGAUCUUGUGUUAUGUUACCGGGAAGGACAAGAUCAUGCGCUCUACUUUGAUGCAUAUGUUGUGGAAAUUCAGAGGCGGCUACACGAUAUUGGGGGUUGUCGAUGCAUAUUUGUCGUACGCUAUGACCAUGAUGACUAUGAGGAAAAAGUGCAUUUGGGGAGAUUGUGCUGCAGGCCUUCGGCGUACAAUUCAGACCAAAUUUAAUGUUAUAUAUGGAAAUCCCGAAUCUUCAUCCUUUGAAAUUUAGAAGGCGUUGUCGCUUAGAACUAUUAGUAAUUCUUAUGUAACCUACCUGCCUGGCCACAAAAAGGAUAUAUAUGUUCUCAUUUAGAAGGGUGAACCGGCCAUUGAAACCUGUUUGGAGCCUGGGGCCACUUAAAAAGUGAAGAACAAGAGUGGCCCUGCUUCCUGAAAAUUAAUCAAUCAAGUGGUUCAAUUUUUCAACAUAGAGAACCACAAACUGAAAUCCUGUGGAUCAAAAAUUCAGAGGUACUUGUUUUAUUUUCCUUA